AGUAGCCCACCUUCCUCCUGCCUUCAAUCCCCAACCUCUCCUCUCUCUCCACGCCCACUCACGCUACUCUCUCUCCUCACUCUCCAAAUGGCCUUUUUCCACAAUGCCGCAACCCUCGUCAUGACUCUGCUCGCAUUCGCGACGCUCGGCGACGCCCGGAUCCCCGGCGUCUACACCGGAGAAUCCUGGCAGAAGGCCCACGCCACUUUCUACGGCGGCAGCGACGCCUCCGGCACCAUGGGAGGAGCGUGUGGGUAUGGGAAUCUAUACAGCCAGGGGUACGGCGUGGAGACGGCGGCGCUGAGCACGGCGCUCUUCAACGACGGGCUGAGCUGCGGGGCCUGCUUCGAGAUCAAGUGCGCCGACGACCCCCAGUGGUGCCACCACGGCGGCCCCUCCAUCUUCAUCACCGCCACCAACUUCUGCCCGCCCAACUACGCUCUCCCCUCCGACAAUGGCGGCUGGUGCAACCCUCCCCGGCCCCACUUCGACCUCGCCAUGCCCAUGUUCCUCAAGAUCGCCCAGUACCGCGCCGGCAUCGUCCCCGUCUCUUACCGCAGGGUGCCGUGCCGGAAGUCCGGAGGGAUCCGGUUCACCAUCAACGGGUUCAAGUACUUCAACCUGGUGCUGAUCACGAACGUGGCCGGCGCCGGCGACAUCGUCCGUGUGAGCGUGAAAGGGUCCCACACCGGGUGGAUGCCCAUGUCCCGGAACUGGGGCCAGAACUGGCAGUCCAACGCCGUGCUGGUGGGCCAGUCCCUUUCCUUCCGCGUCACCGCCAGCGACCACCGCAGGUCCACCUCCUGGAACAUCGUCCCUGCCAACUGGCAGUUCGGCCAGACCUUCGCCGGCAAAAAUUUCCGGGUCUAAUCUACCUACGACGGAUUUAUGGGUGAUGCAGGCAUGGUGGUGGGAUUUCAAAUUUUCCGCCAUUGUGGUGUGUCUUUCCCUUCUUCUUUAAUUUUGUUGUAGUUGCCAAUUUUCAGGCGGUUUGCUGGUAGUGCUGUCCGGGUAGUGGGGGAUCGAGGCAAGGAUUUGGUCGGUAGUCGUGAAAGCGAAAGUGGAGGGAAAAAAUGUGGGUGGGAGUUUAAUAUUUUGGUUGACCGUUAGAUUGUAAUGUUAUCGGAGGUAGUUGGAUUAGUACGAGUGUAUCGCGUGGUAGCGGCUGAAGUGGCUGCAGACCGAAAAGAGAGUGUCGGUAGCCCGCAGCUGCAUGUAUGAAAUAUCUAAUGAUAAUAUGAUGGUAAUAUAUAUUAUGUUGAUUGGCACGUAGGUUGAUA